CUCCACAAUGCAGCACACAUGGGGUAGCUACAGUAUAGCACAUGAAUUAAUUGGCAUUCAUGUGAUCGUUUAAAUGCCUUAUCCAUAUCAGCAAAUACGGAGACUUGUGCAUUAAUUAUUUGGACGUCGGCUAACUCCCGACACGACUUUCCGCAUUGUAUGUUGUUAUUGUUAUUCGUACUGGCAUGCAGGUGGCUUUCAGUCACGACUGUUAGCUCCGUGAUUGGCGACUGCAAAGCCACCAUUCAAUCACGGUGUAGUGAGGAGGGGAAGGUGUGGUUAAAAAAAAGGGCCAGGGGAGGGGGGUGACACUUGAACGUGGACCACUGAGCAGCAGUACCUCCGGUGCUCCUCACCCUGUCGGAGAUGCUCCAACUGCGGCGCAGUUCACGGCCGCCUCCGCCGACCAAGUGUUGGAGUACGGUGCGGGCGCGUCGUUAACUCGUAUGCAUGCGCCUCGCGUCGUCCUCCCCGGUCCGGUUCGCAGACCGCUGGGAAGAUGCUGAGCAGACUGAUGAGCAGCAGCAUCCGGAGUCUGGACCGGGAGUGUAACUGCACCGUGCGGCUGCUGGACGACUCCGAGUACACCUGCACCAUCCAGAGGGAUGCGAAGGGGCAGUACCUGUUUGACCUCAUCUGUCACCACCUUAACCUGCUGGAGAAAGACUACUUCGGCAUCAGAUAUGUGGACCCAGACAAGCAGAGGCACUGGUUGGAGUUUUCAAAGUCCAUUGCCAAACAAAUGAAAACUCAGCCUCCUUUCACCAUGUGCUUGCGUGUCAAGUUCUACCCGCCUGACCCUGCCGCCCUGCGGGAAGAAAUCACCAGAUAUUUGGUCUUCCUGCAGGUGAAGAGGGACCUCUACCAUGGCCGCCUGUUGUGCAAAACCUCGGACGCCGCUCUCUUGGCUGCGUAUAUCUUACAAGCUGAAAUCGGUGACUACGACCCCGGAAAGCACCCCGAAGGCUACAGCUCCAAAUUUCAGUUCUUCCCCAAGCAUUCGGAGAAGUUGGAGAGGCGGAUUGCUGACAUCCACAAGACGGAGCUGAUAGGCCAAAGUCCUGAAACGUCAGAGCUCAACUUCCUCCAGAAGGCUCAGAUGUUGGAGACGUACGGCGUGGACCCGCAUCCAUGCAAAGACGUGUCUGGGAAUCCAGCUUUCCUGGCCUUCACCCCAUUCGGAUUCACUGUACUGCAAGGCAACAGGAGAAUUCAUAUCCUGACCUGGGAUGAGGUGACCAAGCUGAAAUUCGAAGCCAAGACAUUCCAUAUAUAUGCAAAUCAGACGGAGGAUCAGAAAAUCAUAUUGACCUACUUUGCGCCCACACCUGAGGCCUGCAAGCACCUGUGGAAGUGUGGCGUGGAGAAUCAAGCCUUCUACAAGUUGGAGAAAUCCAGCCAAGUGCGUACGGUGUCCAGUAGCAAUCUCUUCUUCAAGGGUAGUCGCUUUAGAUAUAGUGGAAAAGUUGCAAAGGAGGUGAUGGAACAAAGUGCCAAAAUUAAAAGGGACCCACCUGAGAUCCACAGGGCGGGCAUGGUGCCAAGCAGGAGCUGUCCGUCCAUCACGCACGGCCCUCGUUUGACGAGCGUGCCUCGGACACGACGGAGAGCGGUGCAUAUCUCCAUCAUGGAGGGUCUGGAGUCUCUCCGCGACAGCGCCCACUCCACGCCGGUGCGCUCCGUCUCCCAUGGUGACUCCUUCCUGCCCUCCCAAGGCCACACGGUGGACGGUGGCGAGGCGAGGGCGUCGGCGGUCAUCUCCGAUGAGGCCUACAGCCCCUCAGACAGCGUCCUCCCUACGCCCGUGGCGGAACGCGGGCUGGAGAUGAACCUCAAUGGUGCCCCCUGCAUUGUCGAUGAGGACGAGGGUGGUGCGUCGCUGGAGGCAACCCACAAAAGAGCCGGAAGAAAAGCUCCGCGGGCGCUUAAAAGCCGACCGUCGCCCCCUAGUGACGCGGAGGAGCUGCACAAGUUCAUCCUGAGCGUUCUGCGUCUUUUCCUGGUCACCAUUGGACUUCUCUUUGCCCUCCUGUUGCUCCUAAUCGUGCUGACAGAGUCCGACCUGGACAUCGCCUUCCUGAGAGACAUCCGCACAACACCCGAAUUCCAGCAGUUCCACUUUGAGUACUUCUGCCCGCUGCGGCGCUGGUUCGCCUGUAAGCUUAGAUGGAUGGGAGGGCUCCUUAUCAACAAGUAAACAUUGGGAAGAAAAUGGAAAAAAAGAUGGCCAUCCUUUUCCCAGCUUUUCCCAAGUCACAAGCCACGGAUUUCCCUAUGUAGGAUCUCCCUCUUUAAUUGCAUCUGCCACUGUGGCAGGGAUAGAUUUCAUUUCAUCUCGAAAUUCAUUUAACGGAUUUGUUAACAGGAAAUGUGAUUUAUCAGUGAAAUUAUAUU